CGGGGCUGUUGUGAUGGAGGCGCUAUCACAUGACGUCAACACAAGGGGACACGGAGUCGGGCUAUGAUUGGUGAAGACACCGGUAGUUAGCGCCGGUUUCGACGCCCGCGAGUGCCGAGAUGUCGAAGCGGCAAAGUAUUUCUACAAUGGACGAAUGCCUUGCCGAAUUUAUAAAACGGAUGAUUUUACGAAUGCCUCGAGUCGAACUCAUGCCCACACUGAAGGAAUGGGGGUUUUUAACAGAAAGGGAGCUUCAGUCACUAGAUCUGAUACGGGUAAAGGACAUUCUAGCAGUGGAAGUUGUCAAUAUCUGUGAGAGUCGGAAAGCUUCAAUGAAACAUGCAGCUGACCUGGACAUUAUAUAUACCCAUGGCAACUCGAAAAGAAAAAACUGGGAAGUGUAUCAAAUGUCUAUACAGUCAGAUUCUGAGGCGAACCUUGCAGAUGUCUGGAAAAUCAAAGUGCACUUCAAAAAAACUGUCCAGUCAGUACUUAAAAAUGUAACCAUUCACUUCAAAGAAUUCGGAGAUGCCUUGUGGAUCAGAAUUGCUUGGGGAAGGGACUGUGUUAAUCCUAAUCAGUACAAGCCUACAUUUGCUAUGUACCAUGCGCAGACUCCUUAUGUUUUUGUCACAGGCCUUGCAAAAACCCACCGGCAACUGUUUUAUCAGGGGCUUUUAUCAGCCACAGGAUACGGUCAUAUACAGGAGAUGGAACUGAAAAGUCGAUGUUUGGAUUCCUUAAAGGAAAUAGUAUUCAAGCAGUUUAGUCAGCCAUUUCAAUCUUAUCAGUCAAGAUCAGUUCCAGAAAAAAGUUUUACUCCAACAAUUGUGGAUACAAAAGUAGUUUAUGAAAAUAUUAAGGAAAAGGAGCGGGUUCAUCAUGUGAUGCUUGAAUCAUUUGGAGAAGGUCCUCUUCCAAAGCUGGAAUAUGCAGUAUAUAAGCUGGAGACCUCAUUUAAAGGAGAAACUAGUAUUGCCAAUAAAAUCGAACCCUUCAGAUGCAUUGUCAAAUUCUCCAGUCCUCAUCUUCUGGAAUCCUUCCGCACCCUAGCACCAUCAGGUUUAGCAGAAGCCCCAAUUUCAAACCUGCUGACUUGUAUACCCCAUAGAGGCAGGAAUCUAUUCAAAAUCUCUGAGAAGAAACAACCAAGUAGCAGCCAAGCUGUCCACUAGAGAUUAUAGCAAUAAAUAUGGAUACAACAGAGUUUGUACAGACAAGCUAUCCACGAGAGUUAUCCAUAGUUGUUACCUAGAAUCUGUACAGUUUUUCACGUCUCUACAAUGUUGCAUACCUUACAAAGUACAGAACAAGCUGUGAAGCAAGAUUGAGGAGUAUUGUACCAAUUCUGACAUCUGUGAUCAUCCUUCCAUGAUCUCUGACAUGCACCUUGCCGCAGGUCCCUUAUUGUUCCCAUGUCUGAAAACAUCCCUGAGAGAGAUGAAGUGCAACUGGUAACUAGAAGUGCUAUUAACUGACGGAUCAUAGUGGCCAUGAAUACACUGGAGAGCGUUUGGAACAGGAAAUGAUGUAUAUAGGAAAACAAUAGUUGUUCUUAGGUUGACCUCCUGCUCUUGUUCACUGCCAUUUUAAUGUAUAUGUUUGGCAUUAAGAGAAAAUAUUUUCUUGUUGUAGGUCUUCCAGUGAAUAUAUAUAUUUUUUUCUCUAUGAAAUUUUAUUAUUUUUGUUGACUGAUUAAAAUUUUUAGGGUUAAUAAUGUAAUUUUUCCAUCAAGAAAGUCUUAGAUUUUGUUCACACUUGCCACAAGGCUUCAAUGUUUUGCAAGAGCCACAACCUAUAUGUUGAACCUUUUUUUCCAACCAACGCUCGAUGGACCCUAUUGGCUUUAGUGGGGUCCGUCAGGGUUCCAGUAUUCUUUACAGCAAGGACUGCAUUGCAGACUGAUUUAAUUUACCUGGAAGCUUUAUGGAAGCCACAUUAAUGUAUGUGUGAACUCAGCCUUAUUUUGCAUAAGAAAUAAUGAUCUACAUAAUGCUUAUUGGGGUGCAGCCUUCCAGCUGAUAUUAUAUAUUUUAAAUGGUGCCUCUACUUUUGUCACUUCCCUGGAUUUGUCCUUAGAGUUAUGUCAAGGGAAAUAAUUUUAAGGCUCUGUUUAAUACCCUGUGUAGGUGGUAACAAAAUAUUUAUCCUUUGUGGGGAAAAAAUAGCUUUGGGUUCACAUUACAAUUCCUGCCUCUGAUGCACAGAUAAGAUUUCUAAAGUUCUAUCGGCUGAAAUCACAUCUGUGCACGAGCAGGCACUGAACAGAUGGGGACCUGAUCAUAGUCAGCUAGUGACCUAUGAUCAGGUAAUUUUCAGAACGCAUCCUACUUUUGACUUGGACUGAAAAUCGUGGUCUGCCACGAUUUUCAGUUAGUCAAAAGUUGAAUGCGAUCAGAAAAUGACCCGAUUGUAGUCAAUUUAAUAGUCAGGUUAAUGCGUCCGCACCUGUCCAGUGCCUGCCUGUGCACAGAUACAAUUUCAGCCAAUAUGAGCUUUAGAAAUCGUAUCUGUGUAUCGAAGAUAGGAAUCGUGAGGUGAACCCAGCCCAACUAGUUACCAUGAAAUCGACAGCAUGUCAAUUUGUUAUACUGUUGCACGUUACGCUUGUACUUUAUGAUGAAUUUUAUUUUUUGUGUUGUGAAGUGUUUAUUACAGUAGUAAUCACCAUGUAAACACUAUUAGAAUUUUAAUGCACAAGGAUUGCUCCUGGGAUAUUUUCAGUUUUCUGCACCAGUUGGUGGCUAGUAGGGGGUUACUGAUUUUAAAUAUUUUUGUGCACUUAUUUGAGUAUUUAUGGUUUCAAAUGUCAGUGAAUUGGGUACUAGGCACAAACUGUGUUUUUGUUGAAUUGUGAGAACUGAAUUUUUUAUGUAUUCUAUUUUAUCAUCUUGAGACCACUGUCAUACAAGAUUUCCAUCCAGUUUGCAAAUCAGUAUGAUGAUUAGCCCACUAAGAUGCCUUGUCAGAUUUACUAGCCUAAUUAAAAAAUCUCUUCUUUUGUAUUCCAUAGAGGGCAAUUCUGUAUGUCAGGCAAUUUAAUGGACUAGAUGAAAUUGCUAGUUUGGUCGAUAUAACCUUACAACUGUUCCAAGGCUUGUACUUGUGCAGUGGUAGAGAAAGUUGUUAAUAUGAGGCAAGGCAAACAUGGUGCUGGGUGAUAUGGGCUGGACGUGCCUCCUCUUAUCACAGUGUAGUAGUGGCAACCAGAUGAUUGUUUGUAUACACCGCAACUGAUAGUCUGCCCUAUGGAUGAGCAUAAUUUCCUAAUCUGCUGUUAUUUUAUAUAGAAGACUAAAGCUUUUUAUAUAUUUUGCAAUACAUCCAUGAAUUUUAGGUAAUGAAUGUGUGUGUACUUUUUUAUGCGUUGUCUUAAAGUAUUUCUUCCUGUUAAUUUGAAGUUAACUUUUAAUUAAAGUUUUUAUUUAUGAACUGCAGGCAUCUGCAUACAGUCUCAAGCAGUUGACAAGCAAAUUGUAUGUGUCUCUAAAGCCUGAGAGCAUGAAUUUCUUUUCCAACCUAGACUCUUUUAUUUCUUUUUGAAACUUUAAAGGUAAUCUGUCAGCCCUAUAUCAUGCUCAGAGCUGCAUACAUGGAAAGAUAGCUGAUAGGUAGGUAAAACAAAUACAUGCAUGUAAGCUGAUGGCUGUGGUCAUCUUACUAUUAGGUAUCUUAAAGGAGUUAUCCAUCAUAAGGUAAUUUUAGUACGUACCUGCCAGACAGUAAUAGACAUGCUUAGGAAGGAUCUGCGCUUGUCUUGAGGCUAAAUGGCUAUGUUGUGAGAUUACAUAACACUGUGGCUAGCAUUUUGUGAACUGGUAUUUCCUGUCUGUUUUCUUUUUUGCCUACAAAUCCCAUAAUUCCAUUUUCCUCCCUCCCACACAUCAGCCACUCCACCCAUUGAAACAUAAAUAAACUA